AUGUCCUCAAGCGACAACCCCCAACACCUCGAGCCCUCCAAGCUCGGCACAAAAGAAUAUUGGGAUAACCUGUACACGACCGAGAUAACAAACCACACCGAAGACCCAAGCGAUAUCGGAACCGUGUGGUUCGACGACUCUGACGCCGAAGCAAAGAUCCUCGAGUUCCUCGAAGGCCUCCUCGAGCCUGAAGACCCCGACAGCCCUGCGCUCUCCCACGACAACACCAGCUUCCUCGACCUCGGUUGCGGGAAUGGUUCUCUCCUCUUUUCGCUGCGCGAAGAGGAUUGGACAGGUCGGGCUCUGGGAGUUGAUUACAGUCCAAAGAGUAUCUCCCUCGCCCGACAGAUCGCCACCACCAAAGAAUCCGAAGACGUCGAGUUCCAGGAGUGGGAUGUGAUAGCCGGUCCCUUUGAUACGGUGCUCAACGGCUCGCAGGCCGAGGGCUGGGACGUGGUACUGGACAAGGGAACCUUUGACGCCAUUUCGCUGAGUGACGAAAAGGAUGCUCAGGGACGACGCCUGUGUGAGGGAUACCGGGAGAGGGUGCUCCAGCUGGUCCGUAGGGGCGGCAUCUUCUUGGUCACGAGCUGUAACUGGACCGAGUCGGAGCUGCGGAGCUGGUUUGAGAGACGGGACGGGGAGGGCUUUGACGUUGUUGGGAGAGUCGAAUAUCGGACAUUCAGCUUUGGUGGUGCCAAGGGCCAGACCAUCAGCACCUUGUGCUUCCGUAGGGCCUAG